AUGGAUUUUAUGUUGUUGAUCUUUUUAUCUGGGCUUUUCCUUCCAGAAAUUAGCAAUCUACGGUCUAAUGUGGAACAGGAGGCUUAUAUGAUGCCUACGGAUGAAGAACAGUACUAUGCAGAUGAGGAAAGCAUGGCAAAUAAUGACCAUGGUCAUGAAGACGACAAGCACAUAGGUAGCAAUUCUGUUAUGCAAAAAUCAGAAGACAGUGAAGACAACUCCCCUGCCAAUGAGAAAACUGGCAAUUACUAUAAAGACAUAAAACAAUAUGUGUUCACCACACAAAAUCCAAAUGGCACGGAGUCUGAAAUAUCUGUGAGUGCCACAACUGACCUGAAAUUUGCUCUGAAGAACUCAUCAACCCCCAAUGUGCCUGCAUUUUGGACAAUGUUAGUUAAAGCUAUAAAUGGAACAACAGUGCACAUGGAUGAUAAAGAUCAAUUAUUUCAAGCAAUUCCAGGCUCUGACCUAUACACUGCCAGUGAAGACAAACUGUCAGAGCUAGAGGACCUCAAGCUCAAGUUAAUGCUGGGAAUCUCGUUGAUGACCCUUAUUCUACUCCUUCCCCUCUUGAUAUUUUGUUUUGCCACACUCUACAAACUAAGAUGCCAAAGUGACAAAAGCUAUGAAAGCCAAUAUUCUGUCAACCCGGAGCUCACCACUCUGUCUUACUUCCACCCGUCAGAAGGUCUAUCUGAUACAUCUUUCUCAAAAAGUGCGGAGAGCAGCUCAUACUGGGGCACUUCUUCAGAAUUGAGACGAUCCAGCACAAAAAAGUACAAAUCUAAAUUUAUGGAGGUUUCUGAGCCCUUGGAUCAAAUAGUCUUACAGGAGGAGCCAAUCUUCCUUUCUUCCGAGCAGCCAACCUUCCUCCCGAUGGAAGAGGAGUCAACCUUCCUUCCUCCUGAAGAGCUAGACUUCUUCCCUCCUGAAGAGUCAGCCUUCCUGCCUCUUCAGCAGAUGGAGGAACAGGACUUCAUGGAGGAUGUCCCUGUUGAGGAAAUGAGUGAGGCACCAAUGGUUGUUGAGGAAAUCGAUCAGGAAAUUGUUCAGGAAUAA